UUGGAGAAAUCACUCUCUCAAUCACUUCUCUAUUCCAAGCGGAUCACAGACUUUGAAUUUUAUGUAAUGGCUAAAAAGUGGGCAGCUUUGCUGCUAUUGCUGCAGCUGCUCAGCCACCUGGAGACAGGUGAGGCAAUGUGGUUUCCCUGGUACUUUCAGCGCUAUGGGUUAGAGCCUCACUCGAGUCGACAUGGCGGCGGCAACAUGUCUUGCCCGCCAGGAUACGAGCCCAGGGGUUCCUCCAGUCAGCUGAACGGACAAUGUGAAGGAUUAGUUGCUGGACCGCCCAAAAAGAAUCUGUGCAACGACAAUCCGGUGCUGCAGCAGCUGGCCCGCCUCUAUGUGGUCAGUCCGGAGAGGAUUGUCCUGCUCCUCUCACAGCCAUCGCUCGCGUACUCCUGCACCGAGAUCAGCGACGUCCUGGACAAAAUCCAGGGCUCCAUGCGCAACUGUGUCCUGGCACCGGAUAAUAUGUACGGUCGUCUGGUCGAUGGCCUUCGAUAUUUUCGAUCGGAAGUCUGCGAGGGAGGCGAUCGCAGCACCCGGAAGCGGUGCGUUGGACUGCAGGACUCGCACAAUUGCUUCCGGGAGCUGCGCACGGACAUGAUCGAGUGUGAGGCUCCAGCGGACUGGUAUGAGCGUCGAAAUGCCACCAAGGUGUGUCACAUCUACAACGAUGUCCUGGAUUGCUAUUACACGCGGGCAGCCCUGCUCUGUGGCCUUGAGUCUGCCAAGGAGCUGAGAUCCUUUGCCGGCGACACCAUGGGCAGGGCCAUGAUCCAUAAGUGUGAGGUCAAGAAACGGCUGCCCCGAGUGGAAAAUGCCAUGCCCAGUGGCAGUGAGUCUGUCUUUAAAUUAUUUUAUUUCAAUUGUUUUAUU